AUGGCCAAGUUAUCCUUCCUUGAAUGCGUGAAAGCUUGGGAACAGCAUCGAAGCCUCCGAAAACGUGCACGAGGGCGAAAUGUUCUGCUGCUGGACAUUAAGGGCAGGAAGCAUGUCGUUCCCUCCCUCGAGAAUACGAAACUGAAUGCAUCUAUCAUUCGUCCGAUGACUCGUGAGAUGGCAAAGUCAGGUAGAAUCCGAAAGCCGAUCAACCUCAUCAAGGAAGUGGUUCGCAAAUUCUAUGAGAAUGAAGCAAAUUCAGAUGAUGAGAACCAGUUGACUACAGAUGCCAAGUUGAGAAAAGAUCGAAAUAUCAACAAGUCCGCGGAAAUUAUCAAGAGCAUGCUGACCAUGAUCAAACGAAAAUGGGCCAAAUGGGAGCUACCACGUGAUGAGGAUAUUCGUGCAAUGGUUCUCGAUAUGGCUGAGGCUAUGUCGAAAGCGUAUUCAGACACUAGCAUGAAGCAAGAAGGCCGCUGUGCACUAGAGAAGUCACCCAAGCAGCCAGGGUCUGGUGCUACAGACGAGGACGUCGAUAGUGACGACAUGGCUGAUGAUGAGUCCUUGAGGGCAAGCUUGCAUCGCAGUGUUUCGCGAGGCGGUCAAUCUUCAGCAUCGUCCGAUCGAUUGUCGGUGCCCUCACCCCUUGAGGCUUGUUUGAAGGCACCUCCCCAGGCAGAGAUGGAAAGACUCCUGGGGAUUUCUCUGAACCCGGAGUCUUAUGAGUGGCUCCGUCGUGGAGGACAGAAGCCGGCAUCACAGCCGGUGGCGCCAGGCGCCCCGGUGGAGGAGGGUGCUUUGGCACUCCCUGUGGGUGCACCUGAGGCUGCAGAGGCUGCCAAUCCGGCGAUUCACAGCCAGGUUCUGGCUGAUUUUUUGGACGACAGCCAGAACAUAGAGGGGAUCGACGCACAUGAGAGUCCAAAGAAAGCUGUGCCCGACCCCUUGUCUCCUGGAAGUCCAGAGUUUAUCUCCUACAAGCCGGCCGCUGCUCGAGUGACUCCGCCUUCAACGUCGUCUGGGCUUGCUCGUCAGCUUGCCGGAAUGGACCCAGCCAAGCUUCGAGAGAUUUUGGCCGUUGUCAACAACAAGUUGAAUCAGGCUUCUUCCAAAGACCACUUGAUUCUGGACAAGGGCAUCAAGCGGAAGCUGAACUUCGAGGAUGCCUCAGAGGCAGGCUCAACCUCAGCCGGUUCAGGCUCCUCAGUUGACAACACGGAGACCCAAGCUUGGGAUGUGGGGCCGGAGGAUUAUGUGAAUUCCUGGCUCGAGUCACAGCGAGCAGAGGAUGCUGCUAAGGUUCAGCAAGCGCUUGCUCGUGAGAAGGAGUUGAAAGCCCGGGCUGAGCACGAAGCUGCGGCAAGACGGCUUCAGGCUGAGCUUGAAGAAUGUGAGCCAAGGCUUGGCAAGCCUGCUGCUUUUCACGAUUGGCAAUGCAGUGUGAUUUGA